CUGGCCACACCCUCCGCCUGGACGCAGCAGCCACCGCCGCGUCCCUCUCCCCACUAGGCUGCCGGCUCAGGACCCCCAGCUCCAACGUAAGUGCCUCUCGCGCGCCACCUCCAUCCGCCGCCCCUCUGCCCACGGGCCGGGCUCAGAUGUCGCCCUUUGGUCGCCUGUGUCUUCUCACCAUCGUUGGCCUGAUUCUCCCCACCAGAGGACAGACGUUGAAGUAUACCACGUCCAUUUCUUCAGCAGACCCAACUAUCAUGGACAUUCAGGUCCCUACACCAGCCCCAGACGCAGUCUACACAGAACUCCAGCCCACCCCUCCGACCCCAACCAGGCCUGCUGAUGAAACACCACAACCCCAGACCCAGACCCAGACCCAGACCCAGACCCAGCAACCGACAGAAAUGGAUGGGCCUCUAGUGACAGAUCCAGAGACACACAAGAGCACCAAAACAGCUCAUCCCACUGAAGACACCACGACACUCUCUGAGAGACCAUCCCCAAGCACAGACGUCCAGACAGACCCGCAGACCCUCAAGCCAUCUGGUUUUCAUGAGGAUGACCCCUUCUUCUAUGAUGAACACACCCUCCGGAAACGGGGGCUGUUGGUCGCGGCUGUGCUGUUCAUCACAGGCAUCAUCAUCCUCACCAGUGGCAAAUGCAGACAGCUGUCCGGGUUAUGCCGGAAUUAUUGCAGGUGAGUCCAUCAGAAACAGGAACCGACAACCCGCUGAGCACCCCAAGACCAAGCCCCCUGCCAGCUCACCGUGCCCAGCCUCCUGCAUCCCCUCGAAGAGCCUGGCCAGAGAGGGAAGGCACAGACGAUGAAGCUGGAGCCAGGGCUGCCGGUCCGAGUCUCCUACCUCCCCCAAACCUACCCAUCCCUGAAGGCUGCCUGGCGCCUUGGGGACUGCCCCUCAAGUUAUCUCCUCUGUUCAGACAAAAAGUAAAGCACUGUGGUCCUUUC